AUGAGAACAUAUUCAGAGGAAGCAAAAAGCCGUAUUGGCGAAAUGAACACAAUACGCGCGUAUUAUGACGUUACUGCGUUAUUUGAAAUGGGUUAUGUAGUGUCCGAGCUUCUUGAACGAUAUCGGAAAAUGGUACUACAAAUAAAAGGUCCCUACGAAGAGCGCGAGAACUCUCCCGGAGUAGCAUUUGCAACGAAACGCUGCGAGUACGUGCAGAAGUUGUUCUUCGAGAUAUUUCAGUUGUGCAAUAUGGUGCAUGAGAUAGAGAAGAAGUGGUCGGAAUCGUUAAUUCGCGAAAGGAAACGAAUAACAGGCGAAGACGGCGAAGGGAUAGACGGAGAGGAGAGACGUAAAAGAAUCGAGGCAGCCAUUGCAAAUUCCCGAGCGGCUCGAUUAAAGGAGAUCAAAAAGAGAAGAAAAUGGCGCAAGCAAAAGGAUAAGUUUGGUUUAAUCGCGAACGUUCAAGGGAAUAAAGACAGACGCCCAAAGAAUAAAUGGUGGCCAUUAGAUUAUGGCUGGGAGAUAGAUUAUUAUUGGUAA